UAAAAAUCUACAGUGACCCGAUCUAAAUCGGGUUUCCAGAUUACAAUCCAAAUUGCGAGAGUCAAUGGCAUCGUUUUCUUCUCGCAGAUAUCUUUUCCUUCUUCUUGAAGUCCUCUUCAUUACGUUUCUCUACGUUUCGGCAUUUCUACCGGAGACCGAAGGACUCGCCGGAGACAACGUCGUCGAAGUCAAUCGCUCUCAGAGGGAAUUCGAUUAUUUCGCUCUCUCUCUUCAAUGGCCUGGAACUUACUGCCGUGGAACUCGCCAUUGCUGCUCCAAAAACGCUUGCUGCAGAGGCUCGAACUCUCCAACUCAGUUCACCAUCCAUGGACUAUGGCCUGACUAUAACGACGGUUCUUGGCCUUCAUGUUGUUAUCGAUCCGACUUUAAUGAAAAGGAGAUAUCAACGUUGAUGGAUGGCCUUGAGAAGUACUGGCCCAGUCUCAGUUGUGGUUCUCCAUCAUCAUGCCAUGGUGGAAAAGGGUCAUUCUGGGGCCAUGAGUGGGAGAAACAUGGGACUUGUGCUUCUCCUGUUUUUCAUGAUGAGUAUAGUUACUUCAUUACAACGCUUAAUAUCUACUUGAAGCAUAAUGUCACGGAUGUCCUUUAUAAAGCUGGCUAUGUUGCUUCCAACAGCGAGAAGUAUCCUCUAGGAGGUAUCGUAACAGCCAUUCAGAAUGCAUUCCAUAUCACUCCUGAAGUGGUAUGCAAAAGAGAUGCAAUCGAUGAAAUACGUAUAUGCUUCUAUAAGGAUUUUAAGCCAAGGGACUGUGUUGGUUCAAAAGACGUGACAUCGAAAAAAUCAUGUCCCAAGUAUGUUAGUUUGCCGGAAUACACGCCAUUGGAUGGGGAGGCUAUGGUUCUGAAGAUGCCAACAGAUAAAGUAGCUCUUUGAAUCUGAAAGAAUUUGGAUCUUUGUUGUCUUCUUAUACGCAAUAUUCACAAACUCUCAUGUGACUUUGUUGUUGUAAUUUUAUACCCAACCUUUUAAACAAUGAAUAAAGAUUGGCUUAUGCCUAUUCGUUGGGAUAUGAAUCCUGACUGGG